AUGGCUUCCAUAAUGGGCUGGUGGGCCGUCGGCCAGCUCCUCAAGCGAGACACGACCGACGCAGACCCAGACGACGAACCCGAGGCCGGCCAAAAGGAAAUCUUCACAUCGUGGGCCUUGUCCAUUCUCAUCGUCCUGCUCAUCAUCGCCCUCUUUACCAGCUACAUCCUGCAUACACGCAAAAUACAGGCCGUCCAUGAAACCGUCUUGUCCAUCUUUGCUGGAAUGGUCGUUGGUCUCAUCCUCCGCCUGACAGCAGUAGCAUCCGUGCGGGAUGCCGUCAGUUUUGACUACCAAAUGUUCUUCAACCUGCUGCUGCCUCCCAUCAUCCUGUCGGCCGGCUACGAAUUGCACCAAGGCAACUUCUUUCGUCAUAUCGGCACUAUCCUUACGUUUGCCUUUGCAGGCACCUUCAUCUCUGCUCUAGUCCUCGGCCUCAUUCUGUUCCUCUGGACCAGGAUCCCUCUCGAUGGCUUCAAGAUCAACUUUGUCGAGGCCAUGUCCGUGGGCGCCACUCUUUCGGCCACGGAUCCCGUGACUAUUCUUGCCAUCUUUGAUACGUACAAAGUAGAGCCCAAGCUGUACACGCUCAUUUUUGGCGAGUCAAUCUUGAAUGAUGCUGUUGCUAUCGUCUUGUUUGAAACCGCACAAAAGUACAAGGAUGGCGCAGAGUCGCUGGGUAUACUCAGCUUGUUCGAGGCCUUUGGCAUUUUCUUUGGUGUCUUCUUCGGUAGUCUGUUUAUCGGUGUUACGGUCGGCAUUGCCGUCUCUCUAAUGCUCAAGUUCACCUAUGUCAGACGCUUCCCCAAGACGGAGAGUUGCCUGAUUAUUCUCACUGCAUACUUGACAUACUUUAUGUCUAACGCCAUUCACAUGUCGGGUAUUGUCUCGCUAUUAUUCUGCGGCAUAUGCAUGAAACACUAUGCUUACCACAACAUGUCAAGGCGAACACAGCUCACUACCAAGUUUGUCUUCCAAGUCACGUCACAGAUUUCAGAGAAUUUUAUCUUCAUCUACCUGGGACUUUCGCUCUUUACCGAUGACAAGCUUGACUAUAAGCCUCUGUUUAUCCUCAUUACCGUCGCUGGUAUCUGCGCGGCUCGAUGGUGUGCCGUAUUUCCGCUUUCUAGAAUCAUCAACUCCGUGACCCGGUACCGCCAGCGCAGGCGUGGCGAAGAGCUCAUAGAAGAGAUUCCUUGGGCUCACCAGGCCAUGAUUUACUGGGCGGGUCUGCGUGGUGCCGUUGGUGUUGCGCUCGCUGCAGGCCUGACAGGUAACAAUGGCGAUACCCUACGAGCAACUGUCCUUGUUGUCGUCGUCUUGACCGUCAUCAUCUUUGGCGGCACUACCGCGCGCAUGUUGGAGAUCCUUGGCAUCCGCACCGGUAUUGUCGAGGAAAUCGACAGCGACGACGAAUUCGACAUUGAGGUCGUCAACGGCGGCACAUAUAGCCGUAAGCAAGGCCAAGGCUAUGGCCACACCCCGCGCCCCAGCCAGGGCGCCUUCACCCUCAACAACGUCAACAGCCAAGAAGGUUCCUACUCCAGCGGCUCCCGCAGCCGCAGCAGUCCCCGAACCCGUCCAAAUGGCGCCACCCGGCGCAACUCCAGCCACGUCCGCGCCCGCGACGGCGCAGACCAGGGUCUCCUCAGCCCCGGAGACAGCGCCUCAAAUGACGAAGACGACAUUGAUCUCGACCUACCCCCGAGCGCCCGCCGCUCCCCCAACCGCUCCUCAUCCCCACUUGCAGGCGCCUCUCAGACCGUAUCACCGUACCCGACUUCUGGUCAUAAACCACCAGAAGGGCCGGGUAGAGUGGCUACCGCUACUGGUGCGGUGAAGCAGCUUAUUAGUGAAAUCAGCCACGAUCCUGCAAACGCCUUUAAGCAGAUUGAUGAUGGCUUCUUGAAACCGCAUUUGUUGCUUGAUCCCAAGGGUCCCGGUGGACCGAGCAACGUUUGA